UUUUUUUUUCAAAAAAAAAUCUAUUUCUUAGUGAUUGGUAUUGCGCAUUCAAAGUUGACGAGAGCUACAAAAAAAAAUACAGCGAUGCUAGCGCGGAAGUUGUGUUCAGGCCAGCAUAAAUUAAACUGAAGCAGUUCCUGCAGACAGUCUGAGAAGCACAGCAAAAGUAGCAAUAGCUUAAGGGAUGUUGGGAGCCUUCAGUGGUAACUGGUGCCAAAAUUUGCAUUUUUUUUAUGGCACGCUCGUACAAGAGCUCAGCCGGCGUCUUUCGAGAUUUUUCCACCGCAUCAACAUGAAUACCACCAUCAAGGAAUUAGGAGGACUAGAGUUUGUCAAAGGGGAUCCCAUUACCAUUGGAGCCGACACAGCUAACAAAGUGGUGGUGAUUGAAUUCUGGGCAACUUGGUGUCCACCUUGCAGAGAUAGCAUCCCUCAUAUCAGUGAUUUGGCGAAGAAGUAUCGUCAGAAGAAUGUGGUGGUGAUUGGAAUCACCAACGAGCAAGAUGGAGAGAAAGUCAAGCAAUUUGUGCAAGGACAAGGCAGCAACAUGGACUACGCUGUAGCGAUUGAUAGACGUGGAGAAGCGAACAAAGCUUUUAUGGAGCCUACAAACACCAAAAGUAUCCCAGCUGCAUUUAUUCUGGAACAUAACAAGAUAAUUCACCAUGGACAUCCGAUGGAACCACGUUUCUCGGAUGUCUUACAAGCAGCUGCGGAGAGGGCCAUUCCUCCUCCGACUGCUUUACCGCUGAUCACCGAUAGCCGAGAGGAUUUGUUAAAGAAGAGCAACAAGGAAUUGAGACAGAUCUUGAAAGAAAGAGGCAUCUCGGAUAAAGAUUGCUUGGAGAAGACAGAAUUUGUGGAUAAAAUCAUAGCAACCUGCAGCAAAAUUCAAUACUACGCUUAACAUGAUUCGUCCGUCUAUUUGAGCGUGCGUGACUCACAAAUUCUCUUGGAACCCAGUCUGGAAUUUUUUUUAAACCACUGGGCUUUCUAUCUCAUUUUAAAGAAGGGGGAGUAUUUCCAGAAU